UCGGAAGCUGUGAAAGACGUUCAAGGAAUUUUCUUUCAAAAGAACAUAAUGAGCAACACACAAAGAGAUUUGUUGAAAGAGAAGCUCGAUCAGCUUCAGUGUCACUUCACGUGAGACCCUCAGAAGGGAACCAUUGACUUGAAAGAUGUGACGUACAGACUGCGAGAUGCUAUAAAUCUCGGUGUGAAAUAUCAAGCCACGUGAUGUGUCACAACCAAAUCGCUUUCAUAAAUUGUCUGCAGGGUAACAAUAAAGAAGCCAUUCAGAGCUUCAAUGAAACUCUCGCUAUCCUGCAUUUUGCCAGAAAGCAAAGUUGUUUAAUCAAUGUAAAUAUCACUUUGGAAAGGCAUUUGAGCAUCGUCCAAUAUCAGCUAUUGAACCACAACUGAAUUUUGCAUUUAUAAAUGUAAGAAAUGGAGAGUAUUCCAAAACAAAAAGAUCUACAGUACUCUUUUGAAAUUAGAUGAUAUUCAUCCAGAAAAUUUGCACAGAAUACAGUACGUCUACAUGUGGGACAUUUGAAUUAUACCAGAGAGGAUGUAAAUCAAAUGCCAUCAGCCUGUUCCGUAAUGCACUGACAGUUGAAUAUGAUUCAAAUGAAUAGAAGAAAGUGUCAUGAUAAAUUGGAGAUGAGGACUGACAAAAACCUUUGCAAGGAUCCACAUGAUAGUAAGGCUCUGGAAUAAGGAAUUCCUAUCAUUUUGGUUAGUCGGAUCACUUGACUGUACUCUUGCUUCCUGCACACUGACAGAGCCUAAGGUGACUUGCAUGUUCUCUGAUAAAACAUUUUACUGAUGGACAGGCUGAGCAUUUCCAGGUUUUCAAUACCAUAAUUAAAAAAAAUACUUUAGAAGGCAACUUCUAUACAGUCAGUAAAUCUGCUUUUUCUGGGAUUGCAGGUCAGACCUGCAUCAAGUGAUCUGAGAUGGAAUUCAUGAUUCCGUUUUUUCUCUCUUGCAGCAACACACCGGGAGAUUUAUUGAAAGAGAAGCUCGAUCAGCUGCAGUGUCACUUCACAUGGAGGCCACAGAAAGAAACUAUUGAUGUGGAAGAUGUGAAGGACAGAUUGCAAGAUUCUAACCAUAUGAAUUUGAAGUAUAAAGAUCAGUCCUACAACCAACUCGCUUUUGUAAACUGUCUGCAGGGCAAUUAUUUGGAAGCAAUUCAAAAUUUAAAGGAAGCUGAAAAAAUUCAGAGGGAGAACCACAAAGAUGAAUAUGAAAGAAGAAGCAUCAUCACCUAUGGAAACUUUGCCUGGGUGCAUUACCACAUGGGACAGCUGACCAAGUCCCAGUCCUAUCUCGACAAGCUGGAGAUGAUCUGUAAACCGCUCAGUGAUGGCCCUCGCUAUACAGCAAUGAUACCCGAGGUGUACGGGGAGAAGGGAUGGUCAUUGAUGAGUUCUGCUGGUGAAUACUAUGAGGAGGCAAAGGAAUGCCUUGCAAAGGCUCUGGAGCAAGACCCUGACAACACUGAGUGGAUAAUGGGAUAUGCAACCGCACUUUCUCGUCUGGAAUCAAUGUCUGGAACCCCAGAGAGUCGUGAUCAGAGUCAGUCAGUGAAGUAUUUCGGACGAGUACUGGAGCUUGAUCCAGAUGAUACUGUGGCCAUGGUGCUGUUGGCUCUAAAACUGCAGAGGUUAGGGCAAAAUGAGGAAGCAAAUGAAUUAGUUGAACAAGCAUUGCAGAAGAACUCUAAUCUUGCAUAUGUGCUUCGCUAUGCUGCAAAAUAUUAUAGACAACGGGGAUUUGUGGAGAGGGCAAUUGAGCUCUUGAAACAAGCAUUAGAAUUAACUCCACACUCUGGUUUCUUACACCACCAACUUGGAUUGUGCUACAGAAGUAAGCUGAAAUACACUCACAGCAGAUAUCCUCGCAAUCCUGAAUUUCAGCAGAAAGCUGAGUUGAUCAAUCUAUGCAAAUAUCACUUUGAAAAGUCUUUUGAACACCGUCAAAGGUCAGCUAUUAAACCGCAACUGGUCUUUGCAGACAUCUGCAUAACAAGUGGGGAGUAUUCCAGAGCAGAGGAGACUUACCGUAGAUUGGUGGAGUUAGUGGACAUUCGUCCAGAGAAUAUGCAGAGCAUUUGUCUGGAAGCUGGGUUAUUUGAACUGCACCAGAAAAAAUCUGAAACAAAUGCUGUUUGCCUCUUCCUGAAAGGAGUAAAAAUUGAAUAUAACUCAGAAGAACGGGAAAAAUGUCGCACAAAUUUGGAGAAGUGGGCAGUUAGGAAACUUAUAGUUAAUGCAAAUGACAGCAAGGCUCUUGGUGUCAAAGCAUUACUGUAUCAGCUGGAUGGGAACAAGGAUAAAGCGACUGAAUACUUUGAGAAGGCCUUGGAGUUUGAUCCUGGCAAUGAGGAAUAUGUGAGUGCUCUUUCUCAAUUACACAUCUGAGCACCACUGGUUUCUUUAAAAGAUAUAUUUCCAUCUGAUCUCAGGAUAGGUUUAGUGGGCUGUUGCUUUAAUAUUAUUGUGUUUCUUUUAAAAAUAUUAUUUCCUCAAGUACCCUGAGCAAACCAAAUUCAAUUGUGCUUCUCUGGACUCUGGAAAGAUGGGAUUUGGGAAACUGCAGCAAGUGGUGUCAAAUGAGAAAUCAAGCAUUUUUCCUCAUUGGUUUGUUUGACCUAUUAACCAUUGAAUGUAUUUUCAUUUUCACGUAUUCUGAUGCAUAAUUGUAAUUCUGGAAUGAUUUUUGAAGUGCGAUUGUAUCUUAUGAAUCAUUAUAAAAUAUACUCUUAAGCUAUGUCUAUUAAUUAAACCUUCAAAGCCAACGUUGGGUCCUGUCUUGACACAAUCAAAGGAACGCUAGCAACAAAUCCUUAACAGCACGAUUCCAAGCUGCUGAGUGUGGUGGAGGAAUUGUUUGGAAGGCGGAAUGACUGGCGAGUGGCAGUGGAGGGGUUUGGGAAUAGUUCAUGGAAAUUCAAAAAGAUAAUAUUUUCAACAAAAAAAGGAUUAGAUUUGUCAUUCAUAAUAAUCAACCAAGGACAAUGUAACUGCAAAACUCCAAACAAGAUUGUGUGUGACAAUGGAAUGAGAAGAUAGAAUGGUAUAGUUCAAGGAUCAUGCCUCUGAUAUAGUGAUAGCCAGAAGACAUUCCUGUCAUGUGCAUGGGCUUGGCUGCUGAUAAGGAGAUAACCCUGUAAGUAGACAAUGGAAAUCAGAUAUGGUUAUAGAUUAAGUGAACUAUUGUCCCAUAAAGUUUUCAGGGAUGGGGAAGAAUGAGAAGGAAGAUGCAGAAAAGAGAAAAAAGAGCAUAUGACCACCAGUUCGGGAUCCAUCCUCUGAAAUUUCAAAGAGAGAAGGUGUCGUCGGCAAUUAUCUGGACACUUGUUCCUCAGUCCCCAUGGUAGCAUAGUGGUUAGCACAGCUGGGGCAUCAGAGUUCAGAGUUUCAUUCUGAUGUCGUGUAUAAGUAGUUUUUCCAUUCCUCCUCGUGAAUACAUGAGUUUCCUCCGGAUGCUCCGCUUUUCCUCCCUCAUUCCAAAGACAAACCUGUUAGCAGGCUGAUUUGUCAUUGUAAACUGUCCUGAUAUCACACUAGGGUUAUAAAGGUGUGUUAUUGGGUGGUGAGUCUCAUUGGGCCAGUAGGGGCUGUUCCAUGCUGUAUGUCUAAAUAAAAUAUA